AUGGAGGACACGGGGGAGACAGGCACCGAUCGACAGCGGGCACGGCCGCACCCAUUGAUCCGCGGCGCGCAAACCUCUUCUGCAUCCAUCUUGGUGAACAGCUGCCAGCGCGGCAACCCCAUUUUACAGCAUAUUAAAGGCGUGCCAUGGGAGUAUGCAGACAUUGUUCCAGAUUACCAGGUGGGGGUGUCGAAUGGCGUGCUUUUCCUAAGCCUUCGGUACCAUCGCUUGCAUCCUGAAUAUAUCCAUACGCGCAUACAGCGGCUUGCACGUAUGUACACGCUUCGCGUGCUUUUAAUCCUGUGUGAUGUGGUACGUCCCAGCGAAGCGCUCACACAGACGGAUCACCAGGCCGCAAUCAAGGAGCUAACGAGAAUCGCGCUCGUAAAUCGCAUGGUCAUUAUCGUUGCAUGGAGUCCAGAGGAAGCGGGGCGAUAUUUGGAGGUGUAUAAAGCGUUUGAGCAGACGCCGCCCGACACGAUUCGUGCGCGCGUGCAGGACAGCUACAUGAGCCAACUGACCGCGACGCUCACAAACGUGCGUGGUAUCAACAAGACGGAUGUGAUGACCUUGGCGUCGCACGUAGGGUCGCUGGAGCAAAUUACUGACGCACCCCCCGAAAAGCUGAUGAUGCUCCCGGGCCUGGGCGACGUAAAAGUACAAAACCUGCAGCGCGCAUUCCAACAGCCGUUUCGUGCAGACGGUUUGAAAGGCGCGCCGCCAAAAGAGACGCCUGCACCGCCCCAAGAUACCACUUUCUCUAUGGACAACUUGCCGCCCAACUUUGAAUCGCUGCCGGAAGAGGAGCAGCUGCGCAUCGCAAUGGAACUCAGUAUCGAGGGAAUGUAA